AUGGAGGUGGAAGCCCCCCCGGCCACCCCCGAGCCCCCCGCCCUGCUGAAGACCUACAAGUGGCGCACGGGAGGGGACCCCGAAAAGAGCGGGGGGUCCCCGGGGAGCCGGCGCUGGGCGAGGCUGCAGGGCUGGAAGCGCUCCUACAGCCACCCCGACACCGAGGGCGACAGGGCUGGCGACAGGGGUGGCGACAGGGCUGGCGACAGGGCUGGCGACAGGGGUGUCCCCAAGGCCAGCGCGCGGCGCUCGCUGUUCCGGAGGGCGUUUUCCGCCCCCUCCAAGCGGUACCUGCGCGCCGUGGGCAGGAGGGGACGCGGCGAGAGCGGAGCCAGGGCGGAGCUGGAUGGGGCAGGUGAGGGGUUUGGGGUGAGGGGGGUGACCCCCCUGGGGACAUCCCCGCCGCCGGUGGCCCCGGUGCCACCCGAUGCCACCGUGUGGGACGUGUCCCAGUUCUCGCUGCUGGACGGACACCUGGUGCCACUGGGCAGGGACGAGGAGGCGCGGUGGCGCGGUGGCGCGUCCCCCCCGGCUGGCGGUGCCACCUCCGAGGCCACCGAGCCUCCGGCGGGCGGGAGGGACCCGGGCCCGGCCGAGCGCAGCCCCCGCAGUGAGACCCCCCCGAGCUCCCAGCUCAGCAACGUCAAGGGGCUGCUGUGGAAGAGGCUCCUCCGGGACAGGAAAAGCCGCGGUGGCACCAAAAGCGACCCAGGGGUGGUGACAGUCCCCGAGGGUGACAGGCUCCCCAGCCGCAGCGCUUCCCGCGACUCCCUGGUGCCACCGCCCGAGCUGGACCUCAGGGCUGCCAACGUCGUCGUGCGGCCGCUGCACGGCAGCCUGGUGGGCGAGCGCUUCUGCUUCCAGGUGAUCACGCCCGAGGGCAGCCGCUCCUUCGGCUGCGCCUCCCUGGCCGAGCGCGACCGCUGGAUCGAGGAGCUGCGCCGGACAGCCCAGCCCAACAAGGACAGCUGCGAGCGCCUGGAGCUGGCGCUGACCCUUUGGGUCUACGAGGGCCGGGACCUCCCCCCGCGGCGCCGCCUCCGCUGCCACCUCCAGCUGGACGGCGCCGUCUUCGCCCGCACCACGGCCAAGCCGGCCGGCGCCGACGGACAACUCUUCUGGGGCGAGCUCUUCCAGUUGGCCGCGCUGCCGCCGGCGCGCGCCCUCACCGUCGCCCUGUGCCGCGACGACCACCCCGACUGGCAGCCGGUGGCCGCCGUCACCAUCCCGCUGGCCGAGCUGGCGGCGGCGCGGCAGCCCCUGGAGCGUUGGUACGCCCUGAGCGGCGCCGGCGGCGAACGGGCGCCGGCGGUGCGGCUGCGCGGGCGUUACCGCGAGGUGAGGGUGUUGCCCAUCGUGCGCUACAAGGAGUUGGCCGAGUUCAUCACCUUCCACUACCGGGAGCUGUGCGGCCGCCUGGAGCCGGCCAUCGCCGCGCGGCACAAGGAGGAGCUGGCCGGCGCUUUGGUGCGCGUCCUGCAGAGCACCGGCAAGGCCAAGUCGUUCCUGAUCGACCUGGGCGUGGCCGAGCUCGACCGCUUCGAUGACCACGAGGCGCUGAUCUUCCGCGAGAACACCUUGGCCACCAAGGCCAUCGACGAGUACAUGAAGCUGGUGGGGGCCAAGUACCUGCAGGACACGCUGGGGGAGGUGGUGGCCCAGCUCUGCAGCUCCGAGGAGAGCUCCGAGGUGGACCCCAGCAAGUGCUCGGGGCCGGAGCUGUCCGAGCACCAGCAGCACCUGCGGCAGGUCUGCGAGGAGACGCUGCGGCGCAUCGCCGACGGCUCCGAGUCCUUCCCGGCGGAGCUGGGCGAGGUGUUCGCGGCGUGGCGCGACGAGUGCGCGGCGCGCGGCAAGGCGGCCAUCGGCCAGCGCCUGGUGUCGGCCUCGCUCUUCCUGAGGUUCCUCUGCCCGGCCAUCAUGUCCCCGAGCCUCUUCGGCCUCGUCCAGGAGUACCCCGGCGAGGCCACCGCCCGCACCCUCACGCUGGUGGCCAAGGUCAUCCAGAACUUGGCCAACUUCACCACGUUCGGCGAGAAGGAGCCCUACAUGACCUUCAUGAACGACUUCCUGGAGCGCAGCUGGGCCACCAUGACCGAGUUCCUGCAGGCCGUGGCCACCCCAGAGGCCAGCGCCCACAUGGCCACCUACGAUGGCUACGUGGACCUGGCCCUGGAGCUCGCCACGCUCCACCUGCUGCUCUGUGACAUCUUCUCCAGCCUCGACCAGGCCACGCAGGAGGAGCUGGAGCCGCUGCCCACCAUCCUCAGGGCCAUCAGGGAGGGGACACCUGUCCCCGUGUCCGUCCGCCUCAGCUCCACC